AUGGUCAAGACCACUUUCUCGCCCCCCGAGAGAUUCUCAGUAGCCCAAGGUCUCAAUACUUCAUGGAAAGGUGUUCGAAAGGUUACCAAACUCGCCGUCCACUGUUAUGGCUUCGGAUCUGACCAAACCGGCUACGAGCAAUCCGAGGAUUGCCUCUAUCUAAACAUCGUCCGGCCUUCAAAGAUGAAGAAGACUGCUGGCCUCCCCGUGGCUGUUUGGAUCCAUGGAGGAGGCUUAAUACAGGGCGGUGCUUCUGAUAAGCGGUACAAUUUAUCUUUUAUCGUCGAGCAAAGCGUUGCCGUUGGUAAACCUGUCAUCGCUAUUGGUCUUAACUAUCGUCUUAAUGCGUUUGGUUUCAUCGGUGGUAAAGAGAUCACGAAAGAGGGAGCUACUAACCUUGGUUUUCGCGACCAAAGACUUGCGCUUCGUUGGAUUAACGAGAACGUCAAGGCUUUUGGCGGCGACCCUGGACGCAACGAUGGGUUAUUCAGGGGAGCAAUCGGCCAGUCUGGGUUCGGAGCCCCUCUUGGUCGAUAUCCUGGUGGUUUCAACGCAACUCAAGCAAUGCAGGCUACCUACGACCGUCUUGUUACCAAGGUCCCAUCAUGCGCCGACUUGGCAGGAUCAGGGAAGUCUCUGCCUUGCCUGCGAAAAGCUCCUAUAAGUGAGAUAACCGCUGCCAUAUUAGCCAUCACCACGACCCGUCGUGAGUGGGCUCCAGUCCUAGACGGAGACUUUCUUACAGACUAUACCACCAACCAGUUAUCCAGCGGCAAUUUCGUCAAAGUCCCAAUCCUCAUUGGUGCCAACACAGAUGAAGGUGUUUCAUUUGGUACUGGCAGUCCUAUCAAUACUGAUGAGGACAUGAGAGAUGCUCUUACCUAUAUUAUCCCACCUCAAGUAAAAGACACCGCAGGAAAGAGUGUUGAUGAACUCACUGAUGAAGCCCUGGAGUUAUAUCCUGACGAUCCAAGGGUCGGAAUACCAUCCUUGGAGACUUGGCCACAUGUCAUCAAACCAGGUGAUGAGUACGCUGAAAGAUUUGGGCUUCAGGCUCGUCGAUCGAAUGCUUUAUUCGGAGACUUUACUAUACACUAUCAACGACGGCGUGCGAACAGGGUCUGGGCAAAGCAUGAUGUUCCUAGUUAUGGGUAUCGCUUUAACAUCAAGCCCAAUGGACAGCCAGAACAUGCUGGAGUGGCACAUUUCCAAGAGGUUGCUUUCGUGAUGUACAACCUCAAUGGCGACGGAUACACAAGCGACCCUCUUGGUGGUGAAGCAUCAUAUCAAAAGGCUACUAGGGCAAUGGCCAAGAAUAUCAGCACUGCGUGGAUCAACUUCUUCAAUAAUCUCGACCCCAAUGGAAAGAAGGGAGAAGACCUUUUCAGUGGUGAGAAAUGGCCUAUUUAUGAGUCUUCUGGGGACUCUAUCGUGUUCAACAUUAAUGGCUCCCACAUUGAAGCAGACGAUUGGAGAUCUGACGGUAUGGAUUGGAUGAUCAAGCAUGCCUUGGACGUCUUUGGAAACUAA